AGAGCGAAAAUAAGAAACGCGAGUUCAAAAUGUUAACAAACUAGUAAAAGACUCCGGUGGUGCAGAGACUGGCCAAUAGACCAAGCUACUUUACCGGCCUGUCUGCGAGUUGGACGCUACGGUUCAGGAGCGGAUUCAACCUGUUCAAUGAGGCCGAAUCCUUCUGCCGCUGCGGUAUUCAAGGUGCGUUGGACAUUGCGAUGUUAAAAACAUGCAAAAGAAAACACGAACACGACAUCAAGUCUCUAGUUCCGAAAAUCAAUAAAAUUGUCGAAAUAACCGAACCUCCUUGAUUUCCAUAGGCUACGUGCCCAUAGAAUAAGUUUGUUUUAAAAUUCACGUGACUUUUAAAGUUGUUAAAUUUCAUACGAUAGUUUGGGUUAAAAUGUGAUCAUCUUAAAAGCUACAGUACUAUAUUUCUUUGUUUUUUUUUUCUUCUUCUUUGUUUCUCCGGCGCCGGUCGAGCUGGCUGCUGGUCACAACAGCUCCUGUCCUCUUACUUCUAUUUAUCACUUUCUUCACCUACUCAAGUUUAUCUUUCUAGUGUUUUGUUAGUAGCAUUAGUGUACACAACCUGUACACAGCUUUUAUAUAGUUUUUCUAAGUUUGGCGCAGUACAAACGCUGUUUUAAAGCUACGAUGUGCGUCGGGGCCAGAGCGCGCAUCGUUUACACCGCGGAGCAGCUGAUCGCGCGGAGCAGCUGAUCGCGCUGCGCAGCGCCGUAGUUCUGCCCAGAGACAGACACGAGAUCACCGCUGAGGUGCUGCUGUGUAAUAAUUGCUGUGUACGUCCCACCCUCCGCUAACGCUGACACAGCUUCUGAGACCCUGCUCUCAGUCACCAGCAGGCUGCAAACACAGCACCCACAGGCCCUCUUCCUGAUCUCUGGGGACUUUAACCAUGCACCUCCUUCAGCUGCUCUGCCUACAUACACCCAGUAUGUGACCUGCCCCACCAGAGUCAACAAAACCCCGGACUUAUUCUAUGCCAACACCAAAGAGGCCUACACUGCACCCUCCCUCCCACCGCUGGGCAGAGCUGACCACAACAUCCUGCAUCUCCUGCCUGCGUGUAAACCUGUUGUACACAGGCAGCCGGUGGUGCCCCGCACAGUGAAGAGGUGGACAGCUGAGAGCGAGGAGGCUCUCAGGGACUGUUUUAACACCACUGUGUGGACGGAGCUCUGCGACCCACAUGGGGAGGACAUUAACGCAAUAACAGACUGCGUAACGGACUACAUAAACUUCUGCUGUGAAAACACCGUUCCCACCAGGCGGGUUCGGUGUUUCACCAACAACAAGCCGUGGGUCACCUCUGAUAUUAAAGCUCUGCUAAAGGAGAAGAAGUGAGCAUUUAAAUCAGGGGACAGGGAGGAGCUGAGGAGGGUGCAGAAGGAGCUGAGGAGGAAAAUCUGUGAGGGGAAGUCCAGCUACAGGAGGAAGAUGGAGGAGCAGCUGCAGCAGAACAAUGUGAGUGAGGUGUGGAGGAGCCUGAAAACCAUCUCAGGCUUCAAAGCUCCACACCCACAGGCUGAGGGGGACCCGAGCUGGGUCAACGAGCUGAACUCAUACUUUAACAGGUUUGACCAAGCACCCACUCACACCUCCCAGCAGCUGCCUCCAAACCUUUUGUCACCUCAUACCACUGGAUUACCAGCCCCCACAGCCCUUCACACCUUUACACAAAGCCCUCUACCCUCAGCCCUGACGACUGGUGACUCAUCCCAACAACACCGCCUCACUUCACACCACACUAAGACACUCCCUCCACCCCUAUCCUUCUCCAGCACCCAGGUGAGAAGUGAGCUCAGGAAGAUCAAGGCCAGGAAAGCAGCUGGACCAGACGGCAUCAGCUCCAGACUCCUAAAGUCCUGCGCAGGCGAACUGUGCAGAGUUAUGGAGCAUGUCUUCAACCUGAGCCUCAAGCUGAGGGUGGUACCACAGCUCUGCAAGACCUCCUGCGUGGUACCAGUGCCCAAGACACCACACGCUAAAGACCCCAGCAGCUUCAGACCAGCAGCUCUGACAUCACACCUGAUGAAGACAUUGGAGAGACUGGUCCUGGGUCACCUCCGCUCUGCAGUGGGAACCUACCUGGACCCGCUGCAGUUCGCCUACCGACACGGCAUAAGAGCAGACGACGCCGUCAUCUUCCUCCUACAUCGAGCUCUUUCUCACCUAGAGAAGCCCGGCAGCACUGUGAGGAUCAUGUUCUUUGACUUCUCCAGUGCCUUCAACACCAUCCAGCCGGUGCCUUGCAUUCUGCAAGGAGGAGGAGAUCCCCACUGCUCCCAGCUGCCUCUCAGCCAAUAUGAGAUCCAGUUUGGGCAGUACCGGGGACAGACCUUCAAGUGGCUCCUGAGUCACGACGUGGGCUACGCUGUGUCCCUGCUGGCCUCACACCAGAAGGAGCGGGAGAGUGGUGACACAUCCAGCUCACCACUUAUGGCCAACAAGGAUGCCCUCACCUCCUACAGCAAGCUGUUCCCAGAGGUGAUGUCAGCCGUGGAGGGACGCCGUGCCACGGAGGGUUCCAAGUCUGUCCGGAGCCAAGACAAGAAGUUGGUGGAGUUCGGCCCCCACGGAGCCAUGACCUACGCCUCCAUGUACGAGGCCACGGGGAAAGAGGUUGAGACCUACGUGCAGUGGCUGAGGAAGAAGAAGUGCAUCCCAGGCAGCAACCUGCAUGCUUUAAAGACCUACAUACUGGGCCGGGACCAGGAGAAGAACCAGCAUCCCUCCCAGCAGCCCCAGUGCCCACCAUCUGACAAGGUCCCAUCUUCAGCCUCCACUCCUGUGCCAGUCGAUGACCUGGACCUGUCUUCCAGUGGUGACAGCGGCGUCGCCGUGCGGCCCAGGACCAGAGCUGCAGCCGCAGCUGAGGGCUGUCCUAAACCCUCGCGACCAAUUAGUGGCUCAGAGUUGCUGCCUCACAGCUGGAGGCAGACUCUGCCGGAGGAGCAGCAGGACUGGGUGGGCCGGGCUCUGUUCACCAGGAACGCCAGGGGCCAGCGUGUCCUCACCACCGACCUUCGCCUCUGGUGGUACCCUCCCGGAGCCCGGCCCCUCUACACCCAGACCCCUGCAUCGUCCCACGCCUUCUUCCAGAGGCCGUUCUUCCUGUGGAUGCCCUACAGGAUGUGGGCGUGCAGGCUUGUGUGCCCCAGCUGUGACACAAAGCUGACCGGCGCAGGACUGUACAAGACGGUGCGCAGGGUUCUGGACAGGGACGGCUGGUACUUUAUGGGCACAGAGUACCUGGAAUGUCGUUCCUGUGGGAAGAAGAUGGCCGCCUGGGUCCCGGGCAUCAUCAAUCAGUUGGACCCGGGUCACCGGAAUCAAUUCCCGGCUGUACUCACCUACAAGCUGUCCUGCCACAAGUCUGUGAUCUCGCAGAUGAGGCAGCGGACUUUGGGCAACAGUGCGACCCGCCUUCGCAAACAGCUGAUGGAGGACCACACAGAGACCUGGAUGUCCUGCACUGCAACGUACCUCGGGGUGCUGAAGAAGCUGGGCGUAGCGGGUGCAGCAGUCAAGCCGGUGACUGUCCCACCCCUGCACCCGGUGCCCACCGUGGGCUGGCUCCUCUCCGUCUUUGUCAGGGACGCCCUGUCUAGGCUGGAGGCGACCAAGGCCAGGGUCACGUCUAUCUUCGGCAACAUUCUGAAGAUGGAAUCUACAAAGAAGAUGACCUCCAAGCUGGCUGGCAAAGCUGCGGGCACUGCAGCGUGGGUGACAAACGUGGGCAACGAGUACGGACAGGUGCUCAUGUCCGUCCUCACGGCUGCAGAGGGGGAUGGGCUUCUGCCCAUGGCCGCAGGGCUGAUGCGGCGGUACCGAGAAGCCCAGGUGGCCCCUCCAGCGGUGCUGUACGUGGGCCGUGACUGCUGCUCCCUCACUGGACGGACGGGCACAUCCGCCAUGUUCUCCGAGUGGGACCAGCUGGUGGUGAGGCUGGACGUGUGGCACCUUUGCCAGAGGUGUCACCACUGA